GUUCACUGACGCAGCUCCAAAGCCUCUGCUGCGCCGCUCAUCGUGUGGUCUUCAGGGACCUCAGGGCUUUUCUGCACUGCUCUCGCAUGCCUGUUUUCGCCUUAUCUCUGGAACUUGAAGAUAUACUGACACACAGUCAGUGUACAGAUGAAUUACUUACGUCAGGUCUACUACAACACUGUGGAUAAGUGUGACGCGUUCACGUCUCUGGUUUGACUAGGAAACUGUUUAGUAAUAGUAGGAGCGACGCCUCUGCCCUGUUGGAGAGGCAGAUAUCUCGGUAUGUUCUUUCCUCGCCAACAGCGCGUCAUUUUUAGCUCUGGAGCGCGCCGGAGCGGGUUGCGUGUCUGGAGUUGAGUCCGCAGACCAACAACAGCGGCUGCGUUUGCGCUCGGUGUCUGAUCAUUGUGUGAUUGAAAGUGUUGUCAGAGGCAGAGCCGGGGCCGCCGGAGCUUCAUCUGGAGCCACGGACACGGAGAUGGUUCUGUCAGCAGAAUGGAGCGGAGGAAAACCGUGUCCGGGUUCGUCUCCUGCUGCUGCUGUCUCGUCCUGGUCCUGUGUGUGUCUGCGGAGGUUGAUGAAGACGGGUACCUAAAUGUUGUGCAGAGUGAAGGGUUGUCCUCCUGCUCAGAGAGCUUUACACUACAAGGCUACUAUAAUGGCUCAGUCUCACAGACGGACUCAGGAUCCCCUUGCCUUAAGUGGACAGACUUCCCAGACUAUAUGCAGCAGUACCCGGACCGAGGCCUGGGCCAUCACAGCUUCUGCCGGAAUCCAGACGGGGAGAUCAGACCCUGGUGCUUCUUUAGACAGCGCUCGGGUGCCAUCAGCUGGGCCUACUGCAACUGCCACCAGGGUGCUGCAAGAUUGGUGGGAGGGUCUUCAAGUACUAGUGGGCGUCUGGAGGUCUACCUGAAUGGCCAGUGGGGGGCAGUGUGUGACACUCACUGGACAGAUCGUGACGCCAGUGUCAUAUGCAGACAGCUUGGACUAGGCGAGUUCGGCACAGCUCUAGAACACUCCUACUUUGGUCCAGGUUCAGUCUUCCACUAUGAGCACCUUGGUUGCCGUGGUGACGAGAAAUCCCUGCUGGAGUGUCAAAGCAGGAAGUUUGUUGCAGGCGACUGUAACCAUGGUAACGAAGCAGGGAUGGUUUGCGCUGAACCUGAAGGAACUGGUAUCCCGUUGCGGCUGGUGGGAGGCCUGGAAGACUUCGAGGGCCGAGUAGAGGUCUACCAUGCUGGCGAGUGGGGAUCCAUUUGUGAUGACCAGUGGGAUGACACUGAUGCAGAAGUGGUGUGUAGACAGUUGGGCCUGGGUGGAGUGGCCAAGGCAUGGAGGAGGGCCCACUUUGGCCACAGUUCUGGCCCAAUCUUCCUUAAUGGGGUUCAGUGCACUGGGAAUGAGCUUGCCCUGGAGGAAUGUCUUCACAAUGACUGGCUGCAGCACAACUGUGGGCACAUGGAUGAUGCUGGGGUUUCCUGCAACCCAUACACAGAUGGUGCAGUUCGUCUGGUGGGGGCAGAUGGUCCAUGGGAAGGUCGUGUGGAGAUUUACCAUCAGGGACAGUGGGGUACAGUUUGUGAUGACAACUGGACUGAACUCAACGCCCAGGUAGUGUGUACACAGCUGGGCUUCAGAGGCCGAGCAGAGGUGGCUCCAGAUGGGGUUUACGAAGAAGGCCAGGGCCUGAUUCUGCUGGAUGAGGUCCGGUGUCAAGGAACAGAGUCCACUCUGCUGGAUUGCACCCACUCAGCGUGGGGCCAGCAUGACUGCUCCCACAGUGAGGAUGUGGGAGUCCGCUGUGAGAGGGGUGGGGACGCCAGUAAGACCUCCAGGCUGACACCUCCUUUCAGUCCUCUGGUGCGUUUGGUUGCUGGAGAGAGCAGGAAGGAGGGCAGAGUAGAAGUCUUCAUCAACGGCCAGUGGGGAAGUGUGUGUGAUGACGGCUGGAAUGACAUCAGUGCAGCCGUAGUGUGUAGACAGUUGGGAUUCACAGGUGUGGCUAAAGCUCGUUCCAUGGCAUACUUUGGAGAAGGCAAAGGGCCUAUUCACCUGGACAAUGUCCGAUGUUUGGGAACGGAGUCGUCUUUGGGCCAGUGUCCCGCUGAGGGUCAAGACGGCCACGACUGUCGCCACAGUGAAGACGCAGGUGUCAUCUGUGAUUACACUCUGGAUCCUCUGGGAGAUGCCGCCAUCACAAUGCAGACCUGUGGCCAGAGGCUCAAUAACCAACGGCGUCGGCGCAGGAUCAUUGGAGGAGAUAAGUCACUGAGGGGCGAGUGGCCGUGGCAGGUGUCUCUGUGGCUCAGGUCUCAGUCCAAAGGGAAUCAUCCGCUGUGUGGAGCAUCACUCAUUAACCCCUGCUGGGUUCUGACAGCUGCCCACUGCUUUAAGAGGUUUGGCAGAGACCCAAGCCGUUACUUGUUGCGCCUUGGUGAUUACCACACAGAGGAACAGGAUGACUUUGAACGCACCUUGUCACCUGAACGCAUCGUUAUCCAUAGAAAGUACCACAGUCAGGGCUGGGAGUACGACAUCGCCCUGAUGCGGCUCAAAGGCACAGAGGGUAACUGUGUGGCGUUCAACCCUCACACGGGCGCUGUGUGUCUGCCAGAGCCAGGAAACAAGUGGGAGAAGAGGCCUGCAGCCUGUGUGAUCACUGGGUGGGGUGUCACAGACUUGGAGUAUUCUCGGACCCUUCUACAGGCCUGGGUUCCUCUGCUUCCCACUUGGAGGUGUAAGAAACGUUACGGUGAGCGUUUCACCAGCCGCAUGCUGUGUGCCGGGAGUCUGUCAGAACGCCACCGUGUGGACAGCUGCCAGGGGGACAGCGGUGGGCCCCUGGUUUGUCAGGGGGAGGGGGGCCGCUGGGUGCUGACAGGGGUCAUCUCUUGGGGUCAUGGCUGCGGUAACCCUGCCUUUCCUGGAGUCUACACACGAGUUAGCAGGUUCCUGCGAUGGAUUGACAAGGUUAUCAACAAACCAUACAAACACUGAUAAUGGAAAGACAAGGAGAGAUAAAACAGUGGGUGGCCUCGGGGCUGAUGGGAGAUGGUAAGAGGGGAUGGACCGCAAGAUACUACUUCUGCGUCAUGUCUUCUUAAGAUUUCAUGCACUUGAGUCAUAUAUGGUUUUCAUCUUGUCAGUUCAGAAAACACUGAGAUUGAAUUCCCAGUGUCAAAUAAUGGCAAAUUUCCAUAUGUCAAUGGUGUCAGUUCUGCUUAAGCAACUUAGCAACAGCAUAAUUAGCACUGACUCUUGGUGCACAUGUACAGUAUAUACACUGUGGGUUCAGGGAGUAGGAUGGUUUAUAUGGAGCUAAUGUCCUGCUAAAACCAAACAAACAAACAAAACAUGUCUUACAAAUGUCCUGAGAUGUACUAAUACAUUUAUUUUGGUUUGUGAAUACAGAACAAAAUCAACAAAAUAAUACUAAUACACAGCAUAUUUGUCAACAACUACAACAAACAUAAAACUAAAAUUAGUCCCAGUGUCUGUCCAACCUCAUAGCUUUGGCCUCAUGGCAUAAUUACCAGAGUCAUAUUUUUGGCCAAAUUGUAAUAUCUGCAUAAAAUGAAGCAGCAGUGUUAGGAGAGUAAAGUUACACAGAUAUCACAAUUUUGCCAAAAAUAUGUCUCAGGCAGUUAAAAUAUAAGGCUCACAAUAUGCUAGAUGUAGUGAAUAGUUUUAUUUUAAUUCUGUAUUCACUCAUUUUUUCUUUAUUUUUGGUGAGAUGUCUGAUUCCUGUGAAUCGUUUCCAAUGAGAAACACACUGUCUUACAGAGAAGUUUAAUAACGUUGAUUAGAAAAUGUUUUUACAGAACAUUAUGGUGUCACUGACGUUUGACCUUUCUGGAUAUAAACUAUCAUCUCCAUUAUUUUAUCCUGUUACAAAUCUGUUUAAAAGUUAGAGUCAAAACUGUGUUUGUGCAUUCAGUCUGUCAUUGAUCUUUGACCUUGGGCCAUCAUAAUCGAGCAAUACCUCUGAUAAGUUAUUCUCUCAAGAAUCAAAGUAAACUUUUACCUUGGAUGAAAAAUGUCAUCCCUUUGUCAUCUUAUCCUAUACAAACUUAAGAGAAAUUUUGUAACAAUGAGUGUAUUGAUUAUUGGUUAUAGCCAAAAGCAUGUUUUGUAACGGCACAACCACCUUGACCUUUGACCACCAGUGACUACAAAUGAACAUUUGUACUAAAUUUGAACAAAGUCAAUCAAGCCAUUCCUGAGAUAUCAAACCCUAAAUUUUCUACAAAAUGUCCUGAGUAAUUCACCUCCAUACCAGCAGGUAGUGCAAAGAGUCCAUUUUGCCAAAUAAUGCACCACCCUUAAGUCAAUUUUAUACAUGUAAAAGGAUCAAAUGAUGUUACCAGUAUUAUCUUGGCAGCUAGAAAAUCCACUGCUGAAUAAUGCAUUCUCACAUUAAGGAAGUAAAUGCAGUAUUGAACAGUAUUAACCUAAAACAGCCAAAAAUGUUAUGUGGAUAACAUCAUGUGCUCUCCGUAACAUCUGAAAACAAACUUAAAACAGAUGCAAUAUUUGGUAGAUUUGAUUUCCUACCUGCUGUGGUGGAUUGGCUCUAUGAGAAAAUCCCCACUCUUUUUUUUCCCCUUGCAGUAUGUGUGUGUGUGUGUGUGUGUGUGUGUGUGUGUGUGUGUGUGUGUGUGUGUGUGUGUGUGUGUGUGUGUAUUACAUGUAAGACAUGCCAUAUUUGUUUCUGAAGUUUGAUAUAUGUAUGUUUUCAACUUCUCUGUGAAGUGUAGGACAUUUAUAAAAUGUAUAAUGUUUGUUAGUUGUUUUUUUUAAAAAGAGUUUUGCUCUAUACAUUUGUCUUGCACUCUACACAUUCAUAAUUAUGUUCCAAAAUUAGUUAUAAUUCUGUUUACAUUGUGGGCUGUGAUCUUAAGUAUUUCCUGUACUGAUUAGAAUAGAUGAUGAUUGUUUUCCUAUAUGUCGCUGAGGAUCUGAAUGUCCUGUGCCAAGAAACUGGUCAACUCACUUAUGAAUGGUAAAAUAUUAUUUAGAACUGAUUCCUGAAUACAGAUGAACUAUACAUCAUGGCAUACUAAGUUGAGAUACCGUUUGUCUAUCAUCUUGUUAUUAAAUGCCAUGCAAUUUUUAAGAAAGAAAGAAAGAAAGAAAUAGAAUAGGAAUAAAUAACUUGUAUAAAGGAUAAACUACAACAGAAUAUAUAGGCCAAAUAUAAAAUCUAUUUACAAUAGCAUAAUUACCCUUGAAAGUGAUUGACCUAAUUCAACCGCAAAAUGAUAAUGAUGCGAGUGAAAUGUUACUCACUAGGGGGCUGUGAAUGUGUCCCAAGUGACUGUAGCAUAACGACACCUAUGUUUGGAAGGUUGAGUACAGUCCAGAAUGAUUAAGAAAUGGAAGGAAUAUGUAAAUCUGCCUAGACCAGGCCAUACACAACAUUGAAGUAGAUUAAGUUUCUAGCAAGACAACCUGAAGCCUAGAGCGAAAGCUACACAGAGUGGUCUAAAGACGUGAAGUGAACGUCCCUGAGAGGCAGAGCCAAAGCCCAGACAUCAAUCCUGUGGGGUAUUUGUGGAAGAGUCACCCAAUCCCAGUGUAACUUGACAGAGCUGGAGAGCCUUGCAAAGAAGAAAAAAUGGCAGUGUGCUAGCUUGAUUGAAAUCUAUCAACACAGACUCAGUCUGAAAAUUAAAGAAUAUAGAAGAAUAUUCUUAAAUAUUAAAGCAAUGACUUAUUUGGAAUUAUAUAUACUGUAUUUUAAUGAAUUUGCACAAAUUCCUGUUGAAAUCAACUUUGUUUCCCACAAAUUAGAGGACUUGUACUUUUCCCCCACUUUUAUGUCUAAACAGCUUCAUAUAUGAGCCACUAAGAACAGGAUGUGUUUGGUUUAGUAGAAGAGCAGAUGAGCAGAGCGACGCUAUGAACUGUUAGAUGAAAGGCUGAACAGGAACAGUGGAAUAGAACUUGAAACUGAACACAGGAACACUUCAAGACAUUGGUUCCUCAGUUUACAGUGAUAGCUCACAGUAACUUGGAGGUGGGACAAUGACAUGGUUUGAUCCUGAUUCAGUGUCACAGGGCUGCUGUGGAUGUACAUACAGAUAUGUCCAGGUGGUUGACUUAUUCAGUGGAGAUAUUGGAGCUGUCAAGUAAAACAAGAUCAAUGUUCAAUGAACAGCACUAGCAUGAUGCACGAGCAUUUACUGUACAUGCACAUGUCAGCUUCCAAGCAUGUAUCUAUGAGCCUGUCAAUACAGCUAAUCAAGAUAUCAUCACAAGUGAUGCAAAACAAGACAGAUGACAAAAAUGAUGUA